AGAUAACAUUAUAAUAUAGCGUGCGUUCAGUUUCAGCGUUGUGUACUUGUGUACUAAGUACUGUCUUGUCUAAUACGACUUUAUGCUUGUGAAUUGAGUUCACGUUUCCUCAGUUCUCUGACGACUACCCUACGUACAAAUUGAACAAUUGAUUAUUUUAUAUCCCGCCUACGAUGAGUUUUUCACAAAAAGUUGGCGGAAGCAGUACUUCUUACAUGUCACCAGCAAUCAGUACUAAAGAAUUUACAUUGAGAGUACCUAAGAGUUCUGAUGUAAAAUAUCAGAUGAUGAAAUUCAAUAGUAACCUAAAUAUUGACUUUGACAAAUGGUCUCAUGCCAAAAUGGAGAGAGAUGUCAAUAAAGUAGAUGGAAAAAUUGCAGAAGAAGAUAUGCCUAAAUUUGGGGCAGGAAGUGAAUUUGGCCGUGAAGCUAGACAAGAAGCAAGGAAAAGAAGAUAUGGAGGUAACAAGAAAGUGUCAGAAUCUAGUCCUUGGACAUUGAAAGUUGGUGGGAAAAAAUUUAGGGGUGUGCGUGAAGGAGGAAUAACUGAUAAUUCUUCAUAUUACUUGUUUACUCAUGGAGAUGAUGGUAUAAUUAUUGCACAUAAACUGGAAGAGUGGUAUAACUUUCAACCAGUACAACGAUACAAAACAUUAACUUCUGAAGAAGCAGAAGAAGAGUUUGGAAGGCGCAAUAAAGUUUUGAAUCAUUUUACUCUCAUGGUACAAAAAAGACUUAAAAAUGAAGAAGAGGAAGAAGUUGAUGAAGAUGAUAAAACUAAAGGGAAAAAAGCAGCUAAAAGUCGUAAAAGCAAAGAACUCAAAAUAUCAGAAAUGGAAGAAUGGGAGGAAAGUGAAGAAGAUGAAUCUGAAGAAGAAGAACAGGACGAGGAAAAAAUUGAAAAGAAAAAGAAACAAAAACAAAAAAGCAAAGUCAAAGCUAAACCAAAAAAAAAGUCAAAAGGGUCUGACGAAUCAGCAACUGAAGAAAGUGAUGAUGGUGAUGAAGAAGGCAGGGAGCUGGAUUAUAUAUCUGAUUCUUCAGACGAUGUGACAGAUGAUGAAGCUAAGGUUACUAAAGAAAUGCAGGGAGUGUCAGAAGAAAAGGCAUUAAAAAGUCUCUUGACAUCCGAUGAGGACGAAGACGAAGACGCAGAAAAGAAAGAAGAAAAUAAAGAUGAACAAAAUAAUACUGAUGUGGAAGAAGAAGAUAAAACUAAAAAAGAAGAAAACAAACCUAAGCAAUCUUCACCAAAUAAGAAAAAGAAGAAAACCAGUGAUAAAAAAACCAAAAAAGACACAGAUUCAGAUAGUGAUAGUUCUGUAGAUAGUUCAGAUAUAGACUGUGAGCCAAUUAGAAAGAGACCAUUUAGUUUAGUAGAUGGAAUGAAAAACAGUGAUCUAAUUGGUUUCCCAGGCGAUACAUCUAUUCAAAGCAUGGAACCUGCCCAGAAAAAAGCUAGAGUUGAAUUUUCACCAGUUACAAUGUCUGAUACGCAUGGCAUAACUGAAGAGGCUGUCCGUAGAUAUUUGUCACGAAAACCAAUUACCACAACUCAACUUGUGACCAAGUUUAAAAAUCGUUCCAAUUUAAGUUCUGAACAAUUGGUUAGGAUUAUAGCGUUAUUAUUAAAGAGAAUCAAUCCUGAGAAAAAAAUGAUAAAGAACAAAAUGUACUUGUCGUUAAAACACUAAAAAUAUUUACUGAGACCAUAUUUUACUAUAGAUUUUUUUUUUUUUUGUACUUAAAUUGUUUAAAUCGUACGCUUGCACCAUAUCAUAAGCACUAGUACUCGAGAAACCAGCGCUGUUCUGAUGAUUUAAUUUGACUGUCUGUGUAUGAUGAUCUCAUAGGUCAAUGGCUGAUUAUACUAUCUUAAAUCAUGAUUCAUAGUUAAUUCAUAACUUUUUUUCAUUGUUAAUUUAUUAGAAUGUUGUUGAUUUAUUUUUAUCAUGAUUUUAGGUUAUUUUAAAAACAUUUAAAAUAAUUUGUUUACACAAAUAGUAAUUGUUGUUUAAGAGGGUGCUAUAUCUGCAUUUGCCGUUUCCAUCUUUUAAAUAUGUAGCAUGGUAAAAUUAUUUACAAUAGCUCAUAUUUUUGUCAAACUAAUGUGAACUGCUGAACAUAAACAAUAUUACACACUUGUGAAACAAAGAAAAAUAUUAUGAAUGUGGUGUCCUCUUAAGUAAUACUAACAUAGAAUACUGAAUACGGCAAAUAUUGAUUAUUAUAUCUUAUUUUUAUUACUUGUCGAA